AAAAAUGACAAAGUUGCUCAUAGUUAUACUCGUUCUCUCUUUACAUGUUUCUUUAAAUGAGUCACUCUCUAUUCCUUCUCUCAACCAUUAAGUUCAAAUGAAUGAGAAGCCAAAAAAAAAGCCCGCCAUAGAAUGGAGAAGCACUUCUGAAUUUGAAAAUAAUUCAAAUUACGUAAGAGUUGUGGAUUUUAUCAAAUAAAACUAUUAAAAGGAAUGCUAAAUGAACAAGACAAUUACCUUUUCUAAAAUCCUCUGGGUUGCUAAACAAAUGCAACAAGGAUUUCUUUGGUCUGUAAUACAUUUAAUAUUAUAUCCAAGUUAUAAGUUGAAUUUUCAGAUAAAACAAUUAAGAUAAUUUAGAUUUACGAGGACUUAGAUGGAGUUUUAGAGUUUGAUUCAUGUAAAGAUAACAAUUGA